AUGUCAAAGAGAAGCGCUCUCACGUUCAUUCUGAUCACGUUGAUCAUCAACUCCAUGGGUAUUGGCCUGAUGAUGCCGGUCAUGCCUUCGCUGCUGACCGAGCUGACGUCGCUCCCGGUGAGCGAGGCAGCUCGAUGGGGCGGAGCCCUCAGUGUGAUCUACGCGUUGAUGCAGUUCCUGUGCGGACCUACGCUCGGCAAUCUUUCGGACCGGUUCGGGCGUCGGCCCGUGCUGCUCGUGUCCAUGUUCGCGAUGGCUGUCGACUACCUGAUCAUGGCCCUUUCCUGGCAUCUGGUGAUCCUUUUCAUAGGCAGGACGCUGUCCGGCGUUGCAGCGCCAUUUUAUGCCGCAGCGUUGCUUUCCUUCAUCAAUUUCCUGUUCGGCUACUUCAUGCUGCCGGAGACCUUGAAGGAAGACAACAAGCGCCCCUUCGACUGGAAGCGCGCCAAUCCUCUUGGUGCCCUGAAACAGAUCGCCAAGUACCCCGCCGUCCGGACACUUCUGCUGGCCGUUUUCCUGUUCGACAUUGCCCAUUAUGUCUAUCCGGCGGUCUGGAGCUACUACGCCGAGGAGGUCUUCGCAUGGACGCCCGGCGACAUCGGUCUGUCACUUGCCUUUGUCGGUGUCGGUUUUGCGUUUGUGCAGGGGUACCUUAUCCGGGUGCUGGAGCCGAAAUUCGGACCAGGACGAACCCUCUUGAUCGGGCUUUGCGCCAACCUUGUCGCCUUCGCAGGCCUGGCUGUCGCCGAUACGGGCUGGAUGGCCUAUGCAAUGGUCACGUUCGCCGCAUUCGGUGCGCUGGCAACCCCCGCCUUCACAGGACUGAUGUCAAACCGAAUUCCUGAUAAUGCACAAGGCGAACUUCAAGGCUUGAUCUCAAGCGCCGCGGGUCUUUCCAUGGUGGUCAGCCCGUUCGUCAUGACACAGACCUUUGCCCAUUUCUCCGGUCCAGAUGCAGUUAUCUCAUUUCCCGGUGCGCCGUUCGCGCUUGCGUGGCUUCUGAUCCUCGCGUCCAUGCUGAUCGCGCUGCCCUUCAUGAAACUGCAGAAAAAACAUCUGUCCGACGCCACCGCCUCGGAACGGGAAAACCCAGCGGAGCACCUCAUCGUUCUUCUGCACGGCUACGGGGCUGACGGCAACGACCUGAUCGAUCUGGCUCGCUUCGGCGGGCGCCAGUGGUUUGCCCUGAACGAGCGCACGCCGACGGAAUACCGGAUCGGCGCCGAAGCCGCCCAGCCCAUCCUCGGGGCGAUGAUGACGCUGCAAUGCGGCCUGCGGCGGACAACGCCGCCCGCCGCGCUCAUUGCCUAUUCGGGUCUGCUUCCCGGGGUAGACAGGCUCAAUCGGAUCAACACGAACACUCCCGUUUUGAUCGUCAACGGUGCUGAAGAUGACGUCGUGGCAAGCUAUCACGGCAGAGCUGCGCGUGAUGCGCUGGCCACCGCCGGGCUGCAGGUCGACUACCACGAGCUGGAAGGAUCUGUGCCGGACCAGGAAGGGCCGGCGAAACCGGGAUUCAAGCACAUGCAGAUCUCCGUCGAAACCACGACCCAGAGUUCGAGCCUGUUUUCAGCUUCCUUUUCAAGCGGUGGUCCAGAAGGAUCCGGGCACGGUCCGAAAGGUCAUGCAUACGGGCACGAUAUCGGCCAGCGUAACGGCCAUAACAAGGCCCCCGCCGUAUCCGUUCUCGAGGCGGCGAGCAAAAAAGCCGAAGAAGAUGCCGUGGUUAUCGCCACGCUUCAGCAAGCUGUCGACAAGGGCAAGGGCGAAGACGACGAGAAGAGCAAGGACAAGGCCCUUGCGACCGUCGAGGAUUACCAGAAAGCUGCCGGAAAACUGAAAGCUGCUCUCGGCGAGGAAGAAAAAGGUCCUUCCGCUUCCCUUGCCUAUGAAAGCGCCUCCAUUUCCACCACCACUAUCGAAGCGGAGAUCGGCGGCGAAACCGUGUCAGCGCAAUUCGUUUCUUUUGAGCGGGUUUCCUACAACAGCGAAACCGGGCUCUCGGUUCGUUCAGCAAGCGCGUCCAGCAUCGAAGGCGAAUUCGACAACGGCUCCUUCAGCUACCAGAGCGCGUCUGUCAGCGAACUCUAUGCCGGAACGGGCGAACAGGUUUCGAACCUCGCCGGUCUGUUGGCGUAA